AUGGCGAUGACCUACCAGCGGACAGCAGCAAACCUUGGCACGGAUGCGCGGGUUGUUCCGUUACUCUCUGUGGUGAAGCCUGAUCCUGUGAUGAAGAGCAAGGAAAAGGAUCUUGCAAACGCAGUCCUUGCUAUUGACAUUAGCCCUGCCACUGCUAACCCAUCUGUCAGGGAUAUCUACCUCGCUGUUGCAAAACAGUUCAGCAAUGUAGCUAGACCCACUUCGGUUACGCCCUUCUACACUGACUUCGUCAUUCAGUUUGCUACACCCCAGGAACGGGACUUUGUUUUGUGCUUUUGUGCUCUGAGCUGCUCUAUGGCCGUGCCACUGCUUUCAUCAUACUGUAAGAUCAAGACCUGUACCUUCAACACGCGCAGAGGCACAUGCCGUGUUGUUGGUCUUGCGCUUAACGUGCAGUCCAUCCCAUCUGAUGGCAGCGUUGCUCUCCAGUACGAUGAUCAUACCGGUGUAUCCAUGGAGGCCUUCCCUGUUACAAUGAGGACCUAUCUUCUUGCACAGGCGCCAGAAUUCAGGAAUGAUCCUUCGCCUCAUGAUUCACCUGCGUCCCCAGAUUCGUUUGACACAGCUAUAGAAUGUGGCGUGGAUCCAGAGGUCCUUCAAGAGGCUUACGAGGAGCAGCACAGAGCUAAUCAAGAGCUAGAGAAUGCAUGGGCCAAUUCGCUUGGCGUUGCGCUAUAUAGUUCAGCUUCUUCCUCAGGCCCCUCAGAUAUCAGCGAUGAUGGUUGGGAGUCUGAACGCAGCUGGCACCUGCGUUAUGGACAGUAG